AUGGCUACUCAGAAAUACCCUGUGCCGGAGGUGAGGGUCAUCGGCGCAGGACUUGGUCGAUCAGGCACUUUCUCCGUGAAGGAAGCACUGGAGAUACUUGGGUUUGGGCCAUGCCAUCAUAUGGCUGAGUUGCCGGGCAAGGUCAGUCGUUGCAUGGCUUUCGUCAGGGCCUACCAUGGCAAGCCAACCAACUGGCGGUCGUUGAUGUCCGGUUGGGGAGCGACAGUCGAUCACCCGAACGCGGAUUUCGUGCCCGAGCUGAUGGCCGCCUAUCCGGACGCGAAAGUGAUCCUUACCGUGCGGGACAAUACCGAGGUCUGGUGGAAGUCCUACAGCGAUACGAUCUACCAGUUUCACAAGCUCUGGAACGGGUGGGUGCUGUUUUCCGUACCGUCGAUGUGGGCGUUCUGGCUCGUGGCGAGGAACAUUCACUCCUUUGAAACGAAGACGUAUGGCACGAUCGGCCCCGCGACGUACGAGAUGCAUAAUGAGGGGAUCAAGCGCAUGGUGCCGAAGGACAAGCUGCUGGUGUUCAACGUCAAAGAGGGCUGGGAACCGUUGUGCAAGUUUUUGGGGGUGGAUGUGCCGAAAAGACCGUUCCCGAGGAAUAACGAGACGAAGGAGAUGCAUAGACGGUUUUUGAUCAUGCGCUCGACGGGGGUGGCGGCUUGGGUGCUGGAGCUGGGGCUGCUGGGGCUUGUGACGCAUCAGGCGAUCAAGCGCGGGUGGUUCAGCGUGUUUGACUUGAGGAGGCUGUUUGGGUAG